AUGCCCUUGACUCGAGCACAAGCUGCUCAGGAAGAAACAAACGGCAAUGCAGAAGAACAACAGCAUAAAGAACCGGAGCUCGAACAAGUUCGCUCGCCGUUCGAAACAGAGUUGUUGACUACAGUACAAGAACAGCGAGACCUUUUAAAAGAAUAUAAAGACCAACAGGAUGGCAGAGUUUUCGAAGUGGUCAACAUUCUAAACGAUGCAAUACAAAACCUAUCAAACGAAUUUGCUCGUGUUUGCGAUAAGAACAGACAACUGGAGACUGUUGUUUUUCAAUUACGCGAUCGUGUGGAAUCACUCGAAUCUGAAGUCAAAUCAAGCCAAGAGAUUUUGGAGAAAACUAAUGCUGGAGUUUUCGCUUCCUUGCAUCGAAUGAUUAAAAGCGAGCUUCGAGAAGAGUUUGAAUCGGUUUUGUCGGCGCGUGUAAAGACGGAAGAGACAACAAAUAAAGGCUUAACAAACGUGUUAAGCGGGGCGGGACGAAGUCAGCUCGGUAAAGAAAAACAACCAGCAGAGUGCAACGUUACAACGGCUCGUGGGACAGAUUAUUCUGCUGGUCGCCCGGUUCAAAAACCUGCAGUAUUUGACGGACGUAGUUCGUGGGAGGCAUACGCGACACAGUUUGAAAUUGUGGCGGAGAUUAACCAGUGGGACGGUCCAGAUAAAGCCGCCUUUCUGGCAACAAGUCUUAGAGGUCCAGCGCUCACGGUCUUAUCAAAUUUGCCGUCGGAAAGUCGUGUUCAUUACCCAUCAUUACUGGCUGCGUUAGAAAGCCGUUUUGGAAAUAAGAGGCAGUCUGAGCUGCAUAGAAUGAAGCUACGAAAUCGUGUCAGACGUCGAGAUGAAACUUUACCGGAGUUGGCAGAAGACAUCGAAAGACUUGCCCGUCUUGCGUACCCUGAAGCCCCUACUGAAGUUUUAGAAACUUUAACGAAAGAUCAGUUCAUCGAUGCUUUGAACGAUGAUGAAAUGCGUUUAAGAGUCGCUCAAGCUAGACCUACAACUCUUAGAGCCGCGCUCGGAAUCGCUUUGGAAAUUGAAUCGUUCAGCUUGGCCGCACGAAGAAGAUUUAGGCCAGUGAGAACAGUGCAUGAAACUCCAACUAAAACGAACGCGGAAUGUUUUGUGGACCCCCAAGAGGAAACGUUGAAAAGGAAUAGCGAGUUUUUAACGGAGUUGAAGAAAAUGACGUCGGAGCUUCGUGAAGUAGUUAGAAGCGUGAAUCGAAGAGGAAGAAAUCAAGAUGGAUCACCGCCGAGAGGAAAAAGAAAGUGUUGGACAUGUGGUUCGGAAGAUCAUCUCCAACGGGAUUGUCGGUUGUACAACGCCGAGAAGAAGCGUACUGAGUCGGAAAACGAGCAAGAGUCGGGUCAAAGGGGUGGGGCCCGACGGUAA